UUCUUCCGCUCCUGUUGGCCGCCAGUGGCUCUGCGCUCUGCCGAGGGAGCCAUGAGGCGCGGCGCCGUGUUGGCGGCCUUCGCGCUGGCCUACGCGGGCUACCUGCUGCUCGGGGCGCUGAUCAUCUCGGCCGUCGAGCGUCCGUACGAGAGGCGGCUGCGAGCCGAGCUGAGGGAUUUGAAGAGCGCCUUCCUACGUAGCAGCCCCUGCCUGUCCGAGGCCAGGCUGGAGCGCUUCCUGGACGCCGUCUUGAGCGCCGACCGCCACUCCGUCGCCCUCCUGCGCAACGGCUCGGCCACCACGUCCAACUGGGAUUUCGCUUCGGCCUUCUUCUUCGCCAGCACAUUGAUCACCACCGUGGGCUACGGUUACACUACGCCCCUUUCGGACGCCGGCAAAGCCUUCUGCAUCUUCUACGCGGUGGCGGGAGUCCCCUUCACCAUGCUGGUGCUGACAGCUGCAGUGCAGCGCCUUGUGGGCACCUUCACCUCUGGGCCACUGGAAUACCUGGCUCUCCACUGGGGCUCUGACCGCCGCAUCCUGUCAUGGGGGCACCUGCUGGUGCUGAUGGGCCUGGUGUUGGUGACCUUCUUCUUAGUGCCUGCUACCAUCUUCAGUUCCCUGGAAGAAUCCUGGAGCUUUCUGGAUGCUUUCUACUUCUGCUUCAUCUCCCUCUGCACCAUCGGCCUGGGAGACUACGUCCCUGGGGAGCAGCCCGGGCAACGCCUUCGCCCUCUCUACAAGGUCUCCGUCACAGUUUACCUGCUUCUGGGGCUCAUGGCCAUGCUGCUGAUUCUCCAGACCUUCCACAAGCUGGCAGACCUGCACGGCCUCUCUGAGCUGGUCUUCCUGCCCCCGGAAGGACCCCCUGAAGAGCAUCAGAGUAUCCUGGGGGAGCCCAGCCCUGCCUCUGAGCCAGGACAGCGGGAAGCCUUGCCUGCACAGCCCAGGCCAGGAGGCCCAUCCCAUUAUUCCUCCAUUAACAGAUAAUAGCGAGGAGGAGGAGCAGGGCGAGAGUCGGAGCUAAUCCACAAGGAAGACUGGCUGCUCCUCCCUCCUUCCUGACCAAGGAAAUGAGGCUGCUGGCGGGUCCACUCCUGGGGAGGGCAGGGCAGGGAAUCCAGCGACUCUCUGGUGGCCAGGAGAGGAGAGCGUGGAGAGGCUGCUGGCCCGGACUCUGGAUGGGAUGGGGAGGUUUAAAAAGUCCAGCGGAAAGGCUGGGGCUCCCGGGCCCUUUGCCUCUCCCCUGUGACACCUCCUCCUCUCACUACAGUCAGUGCAACGUGGCUGAAUAUCCUGGUUUCCAGCUGUGGUUGGACCUGAGCCUUGCAAGCCGGGAGCUGCUGAGGCGGAAGGAAGGGGGGGAGAGCAGAGGGGGUGGGGCUAUGUGCUUGAGACACCAAAGCCUCAAAUGGAAAGUGGAAGCGAAGCGGCCCGUCCAGGGUCCGUUUCUCCAGAGGAGCCCAACCCUUUGUGCUUCUUUCUGAGUACUUGACUGCAGAAGCCCCUCCCCCUUCUGG